AUGAAAACGUUAUCGAUCGAUACAAGAGAGACUGAGAAUAUCGGUGAUUUGAAAACAUUGGAAACGAAUUCGAUUGAUGAUACUCAACAGCCAAAUAUUGUUGUUGCUGAUAUACCGUUGUUGGUUGAUCCUUUGGAAGAUCAGACUAUCAAAAAGUCGAGUAAUAUAAAUAGUUAUUUAGGUUUCAUUUAUUCAUUAUUAGCAGCCUUUAUUCUAACAUUAGCAGUAUUUAUUACAAAAGUAGUAAAAAUUGAUUUACUUGAUGCCGUACUACUUCGGCUUAUUGUGCAAUCAAUUAUAUCAUUCUUCUAUAUAUAUUCUAAAAAGUACGUAAUAUUUGCUGGUACACCCAAACAAAAAGUACUACAAAUUAUUAAUUGUUUACUUGCUGUAUUUUCACUUAUUAUAUUUUUACUUGCUAAUCGUUAUUUACCAUUACCUGAUCUAACAACAAUUCGCUAUACUCAAGUUAUAUGGACAGCAAUAGCUGGUAUAAUUAUUUUUCGUGAAAAACCAUCAAUACCAUUAAUAUUAGGCAGUAUUUUUACAGUAAUCGGUGUUACACUUGUUGCACAACCUCAUUUUUUAUUUAAGUACACUCAACGAAGAGUCAUAUUGAAUACAACGAUUGAUGAUUAUAAUUCUACAAUGAUAACUAAAAAUUCAACAUUAUCAAAUCAUUUCUUAGGUAUUUUAUUGGCUUUAUCUUGUUCAAUAAUAUUAACUCUUCUUAUAAUAACAAACAAAACACUUUUAGUAUAUAAAAUAAAACCGAGUGUAUUAUUAAUUCAUUUUACUUCAACAUCAUUAAUUUUCUUAACUGUAUAUCAAUUAUAUAAAUAUUAUGUUAGUCAUAAUUUUACAAUACGUUUUACAUGGCAAUAUAUAGUCGCAUCACUUGCUUUGCUUCUACAUAUAUUAUCAUCGUUAUUAAUACAAAAAGCAAUUAAACGUGAACAUCCAGGUAUAUUUGCAAUUACACAAAGUAGUGAAAUUUUAUUUGCAAUUAUGUUACAAAAUUUAUUUACUCAGUUUAAAUCAAAUUUGUUUGUCUUACUAGGAUCAGCAUUAGUUUUAACAAGUAUUUUAUUAGUCGGUGGUUAUAAAUUUUAUAAAGAUAAACGUAAACGUUGA